GAAAGAACUGAGACUGAGACAGAAAGGGAGGAGCCGGAGAGAUUAGAGAGGAAGAACGCAGAAACUUAGCAGCAAUGGCUUGUUGUUCACAACUGCUCGGAGCUUCGUCUGCCAGUAUUACUAACCUGCGCUUCCGUGCGCCUCCAAAGAGUGGUUUAUUCAUCUUCCCUAAACCUUCAUCUUUAUCUGUGCCUAAUCAUCAGCAUAGAUGCAGAACCUCUCUCCCGGUUUCAACAAUGGCAAAGAAGAGGAGCGAAGAAGCUUCAGUUCAGCAACAAGCAAACUCUAGAACAGAGAAGCCAGUAGAAGAAGAGGAGGAGGAAGUAGAGGAAGACUUGCCGUGGAUUCAGGAGAAGGCCAUGGACCUGGUGGAGUUCACAGGUUCCGUAACGCAGGCCAUUCCCGGGCCGAGAGUCGGUGGAAGCUCCUUGCCUUGGAUUCUGGCAAUUCCGCUAGCUUAUGCAGGAAUCACUUUUGUUAUCGCAUUCGCUAACACCGUCAGGAAGUUCAAUUCUCCCAGGGAGAAAAGGAAGAAAUUGGUGAACAAAAAUGCCAUGCUAUGCAAAUCAAUUGAUGAACUGUUUCAGAAAGGGAGGGAUGAAGUUCAGCAUUCAUCUCUCAAGGGGCUUAUGCAAAAGACAGGUUUUGACAUGGUGGAAGUUUUGCGGAAGUACAUUCGGUAUGCGAUGAAUGAAAAACCCUUCAAUGCUGACUUGGUUGCUGACCUAAUUCAACUCAGAAAAGCUUCUAUGUUGGAUGAUGCCCAGGUUGCUGAAAUUUUAAAUGAGAUCUCAAGACGGAUUGUGCGAGAAAAAGGUCCAGUAGUAAUGGAUAUGUCAGGAUACUCGGAAAAGGGUUUAAAACGAAAGCUUGCUGUUCAGGCCCUUUUUGGGAAGAUAUUUUAUCUAUCUGAGCUGCCAGAGUUCUGUUCGAGGGACAGCUCCUUAAUUGUCAAGGAAAUAUUUGGUGUUACAGAUGAAGAUCUUGACACUCUUCGAAUACAUACUUUCUCCAAUGAUGGGGAUGUUGAUUCAAUUCAGAAGAUGGUAGAUAGUCAAGAAUCAGGGGAAUCCAGUGACGAUUCAUCCAAUGCUUCACGAGAUUGAUUAUGUAAUUCUGGGAGUGUAGAAGCAGGGGGCAAAUUGCAGUGUUGGGCUUAGUUUAGCAUGGGGAGAAUUAGAAGAGUAAUUUGGGGGUUUAGCCCCACAGAAAGAUGGUCUUAUAUAUUAUGUAGUUCAGGAGAUUUUGUUUUUUCUUAUAAGCAGUUCAGAAGAAGAUAAUGUGAGAAGAAAAUUUUGGCGAGUUCUAUUUUUUUUUUCAUGGUAAUACAUUCUGUGAGCUUGAAAUACUAAAUGGAUGGUCUCAUCUUGCUUUUGUAUUCAGAAAACACUGGUUCAAUCUCUUUAAUGCAGUUGGGUAAAUUCCCAGAAUGCACUUGCUUGUGAAAAUUUCAUACA